AUGUCUGAUCCAAAGCCACUUCCAUUUAUCUAUCAAUUCGCUGCCGGUGCUGUUGCCGGUAUAUCGGAGAUUUUGGUCAUGUACCCACUAGAUGUGGUCAAGACCAGAAUGCAAUUGCAAGUUGGCAAAGCAUCGGGUGCCACUGCUGGACAGGAACAGUAUUCUGGUGUUAUUGACUGUCUGAAAAAAAUCGUUCAGAAGGAGGGUGCAUCUCGUCUGUAUAAGGGAAUUUCAUCACCGGUGUUGAUGGAGGCUCCAAAGAGGGCAACCAAAUUUGCAUGUAACGACGAAUUUCAAACAAUCUAUAAGAAGCUUUUUGGGGUAUCAGCAUUGACCCAGCCCUUAUCAAUUUUGAGUGGUGCUUCCGCUGGUAUCUGUGAGGCAUUUGUCGUUGUACCAUUCGAAUUGGUCAAGAUCAGAUUGCAGGAUUUAAAUUCAAGUUACAAAGGGCCGAUUGAUGUUGUUAAACAAAUCAUUGCGAAGGAAGGUACAUUGGCCAUGUACAAUGGUCUCGAAUCGACGAUGUGGAGACAUGGUGUUUGGAACUCGGGUUACUUUGGUAUUAUCUUCCAGAUCAGAGGUGCAUUACCAAAACCAAAAUCAAAGACAGAAAAAACUAGAAAUGAUUUAAUUGCGGGAACUAUUGGUGGUACCAUUGGGUCUCUGUUAAGUACACCAUUUGAUGUUGUUAAAUCGAGAAUUCAAAAUACUGCCAGCAUUGCCGGUGUAGUGAGGAAGUACAACUGGUCAUGGCCAUCGCUCUUCGUCAUCUACCGCGAAGAAGGCUUCAAAGCUUUGUAUAAAGGUUUCGUGCCAAAGGUGUUGAGAUUAGGCCCUGGCGGAGGUAUCCUUUUGGUUGUCUUCACUGAGAUGACAGAUUUUUUCAGAAGAAUGAAAAAUAUACAGUGA